GUGCUAUUUCUUAAAAUUUACAUAAAAAGCUAUUUUGGACUAUUUCCCUUCAAAAGCCCUAACCCCUCUUUCUUUCCUUUUCUUAUUUUCUUUGCUCUCUCCUACUCUCCCCCUCCGCUCAUCGCCGAUGCUCCCCCGCCCCCCAUUUUUCUUUUCUCUUCUUUCAUUGCUUCAUCCUCUUGUGAGGCAUUUCUAGUUUCUCCCAUUCUUCUUCUCAACAAGAAACCAACAGGUCAGUCUUCCUUCUCCUCCCACUUCUUACACUCAUGUCUAACGUGUUUCGCACAAUCCUUCUACUUAGAUCUCCAUCCUCAGCUUUUUCUCACGGAUUUUCCGACAGUCCAUUGAAAUCUCUCAGAUACUUAUGCACCUCUUCUGAGAUUGUAUCAUCUCCGAAAUCUGCUUCAUUGCCUUCUAAUCCUGUUCAGCUCAAUAAUAAUUCGAAGGCUGUGAUUGGGUUACUUGCGAAUCAUGGAUUCUCUGAAUCACAAAUCUCCGACCUUGCCAAGAGGUAUCCUAAAAUUUUUUCUAUGAACACCGAGAAAAUCCUAUCGCCCAAAUUGUUGUUUUUUCAAUCUAAAGGUCUUUCUUCCCCAGAAAUUGUCAAAUUCGUAUGUUCAGUUCCUUGUGUUUUAACAGGAAGUUUAAACAAACGAAUUAUUCCAUCCUUUGAUUACAUUCAAGCCGUGCUUGGAAGUGAGGAGAAGACUCUCACUGCUAUAAAGCGCUUUCCGGGUAUUCUCGGUUGGGAUCUUCGAACUUCAGUUGGUCCCAAUAUUGAAAUUCUGAAACAAAUUGGAGUGCCGGAUUCAAAUAUUUCAAGUUAUCUUCAGCGGCAGCCUAAAAUGUUCUUGACAAGUUCCAUCCGAUUCAAGGAAGCUGUAGAGAGAGUUACGGAAAUGGGAUUCAACCCUCAACGAUUGCAAUUUGUUGUUGCUGUUUUUGCUCUGCGAUCAAUGACCAAAUCUACAUGGGAUAAGAAGUUAGAAGUUUAUAGGAAAUGGGGAUUGUCUGAAGAAGAGAUCCGUUUUUCUUUUAGAAAGAAUCCAUGGGGCAUGAGAGCUUCUGAGGAUAAGAUUAACGAUGUAAUGGGUUUUUUUGUCAACAAAAUUGGAUGUGAACCAUUUUUUGUUGCUAGAAGACCACUUUUAAUUUCACUUAGUUUGAAGAAGAGGAUUAUUCCUAGAGGCUACGUUUAUCAAGCUUUGGUGUCAAAGGGUUUGGUUAAGAAGCACGCGAAUUUUACUACGUUGUUUAACUCUUCUGAAAAGCGUUUCAUAGAAAAAUACAUCAGCCCUCAUAAGGAGCAGAUUCCUGGGUUGUUGGAGUUGUAUGAACAGAAAUUAAUGGAUUUAGAAGAUGAACAGGUAAUCUUUGUCUUAAAAGAAGCCCAACUAGUAUUCAACUAAAAAGAAAAAAGAGGAUUGAGAGAAUUAUAGAAUCUAGAAAGCUCUAUUUUUUUAUGACAAAAAGGUUCAACAAUUGCUUCAACAGAGGUCGAUAUUGUGUCACCAGAUUGUUAUCUGAUUGUUGAUGGAGCUCUUUCCCCUCGAGUGAGCUUCAUGAAGUUUUAGUCUUAGUCAUUGUGAUACCCAUCUUCCUCAAGAUUUUGUGCUAA